CUUCGAGCUUUAAAAGUUGAGGGUCCGUGAAUCCCUCGCUUCGCCUCCUCGUUUGAACUCCCUCUCUCUCUCUCUCUCUCUCUCCAUCUCUCUCUCUGUGCAGAGGGUUUUCGACUUCAUUGCUCAAUCUCCAUCAUCAGGUAAUGGAGUGGAAUCCAGAAACCCUGCGGUUUCUCUCCGAGUGUUUUCUCCACACUCUCUCUCCUUAUCCCGAGCCGCGCCGCCGAGCCGAAGCCAGCCUCGCUGAGGCUGCCGACCGCCCCAACUAUGGUCUCGCCGUUCUCCGACUCGUUGCCGAACCCACAGUCGACGAGCCCGUUCGCCAGGCGGCCGCCGUUAACUUCAAGAACCAUCUCCGAUCGCGGUGGGGUUCGGACCCCAAUGCUCCGACGCUGCCCCCGAUUUCGGAUUCCGAGAAGGAACAAAUCAAGGCUCUGAUUGUCCCCCUCAUGCUCUCCGCUGCUCCCCGGAUUCAGUCCCAGCUCAGCGAAGCCCUGGCCGUGAUCGGCAAGCACGAUUUCCCGAAGUCGUGGCCGGCUCUGCUGCCGGAGCUCAAAUCGAGCCUGGAAAAAGCAGGCGAGGCCUCUGAUUAUGCCACUGUUAACGGUAUACUCAGCACUAUUAAUUCGAUAUUUAAGAAAUUCCGGUAUCAGUUCAAGACCAAUGAUCUGUUACUUGAUUUGAAGUAUUGCCUUGAUAAUUUUGCCGAACCCCUUCUGAAAAUUUUUAAGCGCACUGCGGCUUUGAUUGAUAAUGUGGCGAGUACGGGGGGCCAAGCUGCAACCCUGCGGCCUCUUAUUGAGUCACAGAAGUUGUGCUGCAGAAUAUUUUAUUCUCUUAAUUUUCAGGAAUUGCCUGAAUUUUUUGAGGAUCAUAUGGCGGAAUGGAUGGUUGAGUUUCAGAAGUAUCUUAGCGUGAAGUACUCUGUACUUGAAGAUGGGGGUGGUGAUGGGCUUAUUGUUGUUGAUGAAUUGAGAGCUGCAGUUUGUGAGAAUAUUAGCCUUUACAUGGAGAAGAACGAGGAAGAGUUUCAGGGCUACUUGGGUGGUUUUGUGGAAGCUGUGUGGAAUCUUCUUGUUGCUGUGUCUGCAUCUUCAAGUCGCGAGAGGUUAACAGUGACUGCAAUCAAAUUUUUGACUACAGUAAGUACGAGUGUUCACCACACUUUGUUUGCCAGGGAUGACGUUUUGCAACAGAUAUGUCAGAGUAUAGUUAUCCCAAAUGUGAUGUUGAGGGAUGAGGAUGAGGAGUUGUUUGAAAUGAAUUAUGUGGAGUUCAUUAGAAGGGACAUGGAAGGAAGUGAUCUCGAGACAAGGAGGAGAAUUGCUUGUGAGCUUCUGAAGGGAAUUUCAAAUAAUUACAAAGAAAAAGUGACUCAAAUGCUUUCCAGUCAGAUACAAAGCAGUCUGACUUUGUUUGCUGAAAAUCCAGCAGUGAAUUGGAAACACAAGGACUGUGCAAUUUAUUUAGUUGUCUCCCUGGCAAUAAAAAAGGCUGGUGGUACAUCUGUCUCCACUGAUCUGGUAGAUGUUGAGAGCUUUUUCAGAUCAGUCAUUGUGCCAGAAUUGCAAAAUCAAGAUGUGAAUGGAUUCCCGAUGCUAAAGGCUGGUUCUCUGAAGUUUUUCACUAUGUUUAGAAAUCAGAUUUCAAAACCAAUUGCAUUGGCAUUGAUCCCUGAUGUGGUUCGCUACCUUGAAUCAGAAUCAAAUGUGGUUCAUUCUUAUGCAGCUAGUUGCAUUGAGAAGCUUUUAUUGGUCAAAGAUGAAGGGGGCAAAGCAAGAUAUAUGUCAUCAGACAUCAGCCCAUAUUUUUCUGCACUCAUGACCAACCUUUUUAGUGCCUUGGGAAAGCCAGAGUCUGAGGAGAAUCCUUAUGUAAUGAAGUGUAUCAUGAGGGUUCUUGGAGUAGCAGAUAUUUCUCGAGAGGUUGCUUCACCUUGUAUCACUGGAUUGACUUCUGUACUCAACAAAGUCUGUGAGAACCCAAAGAAUCCCACCUUCAAUCACUGUCUCUUUGAGGCAGUUGCUGUUCUUGUCAGGCGGUCCUGUGAAAAGGACCCUUCUCUUAUUUCUGCCUUUGAGGCAAGCCUGUUUCCGAGCCUCCAGUUGAUAUUGGCAAGAGAUGUAACUGAAUUCUUCCCAUAUGCAUUCCAGCUUCUGGCUCAGCUUGUUGAGUUGAAUCGACCCCCGAUCCCACAACACUACAUGCAGAUCUUUGAGAUUCUCCUCUUACCCGAUUCAUGGAAAAGAUCUGGAAAUGUUCCAGCCCUUGUUCGCUUGCUCCAAGCAUUCCUUCAGAAGGCACCCCAUGAACUUAACCAGGAGGGAAGGUUGACGCAGGUACUGGGGAUAUUCAACAAGCUUGUUUCAUCUCCUAGCUCUGAUGAACAGGGAUUUUAUGUGCUGAACACAAUUAUUGAGAACCUUGGAUAUGAUGUUAUUGCACCCUAUAUGGGACACAUCUGGGCUUCCCUAUUUACACGGCUCCAAAAUAGCAGGACGGUGAAGUUUGUCAAGUCCUUUUUGAUAUUUAUGUCACUUUUUCUUGUCAAACAUGGUUGCCAAAGCCUUGCUGAUUCAAUAAAUGCUGUUCAGCCCAAUAUAUUUCUUGUGAUCUUAGAGCAAUUUUGGAUACCUAAUCUGAAGUUGAUCACAGGUUCCAUUGAGCUUAAGUUGACAGCAGUUGCUUCAACCAGACUUAUCUGUGAAUCUCCAAUAUUAUUGGAUCCUGCAUCCAGUGGACUUUGGGGGAAACUGCUGGAUAGCAUUGUUACUCUUCUUUCUCGACCAGAGCAUGAUAGAGUUGAAGAGGAACCAGAUGUUCCAGAGUUUGGGGACAAUGUGGGUUAUGGUGCCACUUUUGUACGUCUAUACAAUGCUGGGAAGAAGGAGGAGGACCCUUUAAAGGAUAUUAGGGACCCAAAGCAAUUCCUAGUGGCUUCGCUGGCAAAUCUCUCUGCUCGUUCCCCUGGGAGGUAUCCCCAAGUUAUCAGUCAAAAUCUUGCCGCAAAUCAAUCAGCCUUGCUUCAGCUUUGCAGCUCCUAUAGUCUCUCAAUAGUUUGAAAAGGAUGCUAU